AUGUCUGUCAAACGUACUUCGCCUUGCUUACCCUUAUUCCCUGAUAACCUGGUCGACGCGGCGUGGAAUCGCGUCCCCUUCGCCCCGCAGGCGGUUGGCGAUGCUGUCCCUGUAGCGCCUCCCACCGAAGGGUACUCGGCCACCUACCGAAACCGGGCCACUCCGAAAUUCUGCGUGCUGUGCAUCCACCCUGAGCUCGACACCUUCCCUAAAUUGUUCAAUAAUGCCGUGAGAUUGUACGGCGACAACCCCUGCCUCGGGUGGCGGCCUUACGACUACUCGUUAUGCGAACACGCUCCCGAAUUUGUCUCUUUGACUUACAAGCAAGUCCAACAGAAGAAACACGAAAUCGGGGCGGGCAUCAUUCGGGUAUUGCAGGCCAACCCGUACUUGCGCCAAUCCGUUGCGCACGACAAAGUGAGACACCAUUUGCGAGACUACACCAAGUAUGGAGUGCUUAAUACUGGUCGUGACAACCCCGAUAACAUCAUCGAGAAGCUGAAUUCGUUCAUCGUGGCAUUCUUCGCUGCCAACCGCCACGAGUGGGUGCUCCUGGAUUUAGCCUGCUCUGCCUACUCCAUCACCAGCACCGCUUUGUACGACACCUUGGGUCCCGACGUGUCCAAAUACAUCUUGAAUCUUACUGAGCUGCCCAUGGUGAUCUUAUCAAAGGAUAAAGUUGAGUAUGUUUUGAAAAUUAAGGCAGAAUAUCCUCAAGAGCUCGCCGAUUUGGUGCUGAUAGUGGUGAUGGACCCUAUAAGAACGGUCGAUCCUAAAUUAAUGGAGUGGGCCAAGGAACUCAAAGUGGAAGUUAUGGAUUUAGAGGCGGUUGCCGAUGCAGGUAGAGCCUCGCCAUUGGAAGAACUCUCUCCCAGCGUAAACACGUUGCACACCAUUUCAUUCACUUCGGGUACUACUGGCUCUAAACCCAAGGGGGCGAUGUUGUCUCAAGCCAACAUGUGUGCAGCAGUCACGUUGUUACUGGCUCUGGAGCCAAAGGCAAGCUAUGGCAAAAACAAGGCAUUCAUCUUUUUGCCAUUGACUCAUAUGUAUGAGCGUCAAACCCUGGGCUACGCGUUAUCCUCCGGGUAUUAUUUGGGCUUCCCUCAGCUCACUAUCGAUGGUCCUAAGCGGGAUGCUUUUGCCGACUUGGUCGUCGAUUUGCGCAUCUUCAAGCCCACCUACUUCUCGCUGGUUCCUAGAAUCUUGACAAAGUUUGAGGGGCUUGUAAAGAAUACCAUCAGUGAGCUUCCUCAACAUGAAAAGCAACGGGUUGAAGAGAUCAUUCGUUACAAGAUGGAUGAGCAAGCCAAGUAUGAUGGGUGCACUGGUCGAAACCCAGAAAUGGACAAUUAUCCCCCUUACAAACGUUUGCAAGAAUUGGUGGGGUGGGACGAAAUGGAAUGGACCCAGACGGCGCUGGCACCGGUAGCAGGAUCUACACUUUUGUUCUUGAAGGCAGCCUUAGACACUGGUGUGCGCCAAAUGUACGGUUUGACUGAAACUAGCGGUGCGUACACGAACCUGAUUCCAUGGGAAGCCCAUCCUGGCUCAUGUGGUGCCUUAGGGGUUCCACUGGAACAGAAGUUACGCUCAGUUGAGGAGAUGGGUUACUCAGCUAAAGAAAAUAAAGGAGAGAUGAUUGUCGGUGGUUCUGCCGUUUUCAAAGGAUACUACUACAAUCAAGAGGAGACCAACAAGGUCAUUAACGAGGACGGAUGGAUUCAAUCGGGUGACAUUGCCUUCUUGGACGAUAAAGGCCGGGUUCACAUCAUUGACCGGGUCAAGAAUUUCUUUAAGUUAUCUCAGGGCGAGUACAUCUCACCUGAGAAGAUUGAAGGUCGUUACCUUUCGAACAAUCCCAUUUUGACCCAAUUGUACAUCCACGGUAACUCCGUCAAGCUGUACUUGGUAGGUGUUUGUGGGGUCAACUUCGAGAGAGGGCUCAAGUUUUUGAACGAUCAAUGCGGAGCCAAUCGUCUUGACAUGACUGAACAUGAGCUUGUCGAUGAGUUGAAUAAGGUGGACAACAAGCGGCGGUUCUUGAAACUGCUCAACGCCAACGUCGAAGGGUUGGUGAAUGGGUACGAGCGGUUACACAACAUUUACAUCGAGUUGAACCCGUUGACGGUUGAGCGGAACGUAGUGACCCCUACUAUGAAGAUCAAGCGGGCAGUGGCGUCAAAAUACUUUGGUAAAGUAUUCGACAAGUUGUAUGAGAUAGAAGACUCUCUUAUUAUGCCAAAAUCCAAGAUGUGA